GCGGCUCCGAGGGCACCCGAACACGCCGCGAACGCUGCGCCUCGUUCCAUCCCACCCCGCUCCGCCGAGCGGCUCCAGCAGGUCAUGAACGCUGACCCACCGCAAAGGGCUCACUCCCAUCCCCAUCCCUGCCCCCAGCCCGAGGGCUCCACGGGACGGGGACGCCCCUCAGCCGCCUCCCCUCACCACGGCGGCACCGCCCCGCGUCACGGCGACGCUUCCGCCUCCCCUCGGCGCCGCGGCCCCUCGGCCGCCCCUCAAAGGCGCCGCCCCACCGCCGCCGCCGCGUCCCCUCAGCGAGGCAGCCCCUCGGCCUCCCCUGGCCCCGGCGGCCCCACCGCCGCCCCUCCGCGGCGCCGCCGCGGCCCCGCCGCCUCCCGCCAACAUGGCGGCCCCUCCCCUCAGCGGCGCCGCCCCUCAGCCGCCCCUCAAGAUGGCGGCCCCGCCCCUCGCCGGUCCCGCCCGGCGCAGCCGCCGCUCGGCAGCGCGGGCCCGGGGCGGGCGGAUCGGGCCGUGUGGGGUCGGUCCCGGCGCGGCGGGAUGGCGCUGCCGCAGCAGUGCGAGGCCGUGUUCGGCACGGCGGACCUGUACGGCGCGCUGGACGUGCGGCGGGAGGCGUCCCCGCAGGAGAUCCGCCGCGGGUACCGCCGCGCCUCGCUGCGCCUGCACCCCGACCGCGUCCCGGCCGAGCAGAAGGAGGAGGCCACGCGCCGCUUCCAGAUCCUGAGCAAGGUGUACGCGGUGCUGAGCGACGCCAAACAACGUGCCCUGUACGACGAGACCGGCACGGUGGAUGAGGAUGCUGAGGUGCUGCAGGGAGACAGGGACUGGCUGGAGUACUGGCAGCUGCUCUUCAAGGUCUCCGUAAAAGAGAUCGAGGACUUCGAGAACAGCUACAAAAACUCAGAGGAAGAGCUGGAGGAUGUGAAGGCGGCGUACCUGAACUUCAAGGGUGACAUGAAUCGGAUCAUGGAGUCCGUGAUGUGCGUGGACUACACGGACGAGCCGAGGAUCCAGGCAAUGAUCGAGCGAGCCAUCGCCUCUGGGGAGCUCCCGUCCUACCAGGCCUUCGUCAGGGAGUCAAAGCAGAAAAAGAUGUCCAGAAGAAGGCGGGCAGAAAAAGAAGCUAAAGAGGCAAAAAAGACUAAAGAUGAACUGGGCAUUGGUGGAGAAAAUGACUUGCAAGCGCUGAUUCAACGCCGAAGCAGGGAUCGAGAAAGGGAAAUGGAUGACUUCUUCGCCCACCUGGAGGCAAAAUAUGGGAAUAAUGCCAAGAAAGGAGGAAAGAAAACUGCAGCCAAGAAGAGGAAGACAUAAAGAACGAUGUAGGCUGAAGUACCAGGUCUCAUUUUGUAUGGAAACGUGGGUGUGGGAGAACUUGGGAUUGUUUCUGGGCUCCUGUUCUGGGCUGUGUGCACUGACUGGCUGUGACUGGGAGGCACGACAAGGCAGACAAAGCAUUCCUGUGCUACUGCUUCAGACCCUUUGGGUGCUCUUCAGUUGAGAUCCACGUGUGCUGUUCACACAGUUCUUCCCUAGUGAGCCUCCCUCUGUUUUUAAAGGUCUUUGCACAUCAGCUCAACAGGUGUUUUUCAGAUAUUCCAGUAGUUUUAUAUAGUUUGGAAAAUUGCAGAUUUAAUAAACGAGAAGGGUUUUUUGCAGA